AUAAAAAGGAAGUGGAGCAAUGAGUUUGUUAUUACAUGUUUUAUUGUCUUUUGCAUUUAAAUUACUAUAAAAUUAUAAGCUUUAACAGCUUAUUAUUGUCUGAUUAAGUAUAUGCAAUUACUUAUUUUUUUGUGAUGCGAGUCAAGUCAGUGGAUAUUUUUUUUAAACAAGUUUGAAUUUACAUUUGACAGUUAACCUGUGCUGUUUUGGAAGGUCGUUUAUUUUUAGUUCCUAGUUCCUGCUUUUGUGAUUUAUCUUACGAAAAACGAAAAGAAUAAUCUUAACGAGAUGAUUAACAAGAAAUGAUAAGAUUUUCCUUUGACUAGCUGUGAUAAAGAAUUAGUUAGUGUACUGAAAAAUGAAACGAAAAGGAAACUCUAUUUUUAAGGAUGUCUAUAACUACCCUUAUUCUUACAAAAACGUAUGCCAUAGAUUUUACAAUGAUACUAAAGAUAGUGUGGAUUUCAUCCAACGAAUGGGAUUGGUAAAGAGGUUGCCGGUUCAUCAGGGCUGUGUUAAUACACUUUGUUGGAAUGAAACAGGUGAAAUCAUUCUUUCAGGCUCUGAUGACCAACAUCUUGUAGUUACACACGGCCAUACUUAUAAAGUACUGGAAAAUUAUACUACUAGUCAUCAUGCUAAUAUAUUUAGUGCAAAGUUUUUACCUAGUUCAUGUGAUCGUCAAAUCAUAUCAUGUUCUGGGGAUGGUAUUAUAUUACAUACAGAUUUGGAUAAGCCCCAAGAAACAUUUUACAACCAGUUCAACUGUCAUUCAGGUACUACUUACGAAGUAAUAACAAUUCCUAAUGAUCCUCAUACUUUCUUCAGUUGUGGAGAAGAUGGUACUGUACGUUGGUUUGAUCUUCGUACAAAAACAAAGUGUAAAAAGCCACGUUGUAGAGAUGAUAUUCUAAUAGCAAAUUCACGGGCUGUCACUGCACUGACUGUUAAUCCACUUGCACCCCACCAAUUGGGAAUUGGCUGUUCUGACUCCACAGUUCGAAUUUUCGAUCGUAGGUUUUUAUCUUUAAAUUCAGAUGGAUCAAAUGCAAAACCUUUCUGCAAAUUUAUGGCACCAGAUUUGGAGGAUAGGCCCUACAGAAUAACAUCAUUAAGUUACAGCCCUGAAGGUCAAGAAAUGCUUGUUAGUUACUCAUCAGAUCAUCUGUAUCUGUUUGGUGUUCAGGAUCGAAAAGCGGUCCAAUUGAAAAAGUUAAUGAAGAAAUCUAACGGUAAAUCUAAAUCAGAUUUGACUAAAGCAGAGGGUAAAUCGCCUCCACCAGUUCGCAGGCUGAGACUGAGGGGCGACUGGUCAGAUACAGGUCCAGAUGCCCGCCCUGAAAGGGACACUGCAACCACUGUCAGUAUUGGUCAAGCAAGACAACAGUUGCAUUCAACUUUAAUGCAACGUAUGACUGAUGUGCUCUCUAGAAUGUUGAAUGAUCCCUUGACAAGGGCAGCCCUCAGUGCUGGCGGUGAGGACUCUCUGGCCGAGAACGUCAACGAACAAGAAUCAAGUCCACGAAGUGGUGAAGAAGACAGCGCGAAUGCCCCAAAUUCAAACGAAAGGGACGAGACUUCAAGAACAACCACCAAUCUAGAAGAAGGAGCCAACGAUGAAGAUGUUGAUAUGCCUGAAGUUAAUCAACCUUCUGCCCCAUCUUCAUCUACUACCAAUUCCGAAACCCCUACAACUUCUGGUUCUUCUACUACGGAAUAUAAGUCGCCCAUCGUUGGCCAUCUUCACAGUCAUCUGACGGCUCUGAAAAAUCUUAGACAUGGGUUUAUAGAGCAGACUGGAUCAGAGCCGUCGGUAAGCUUGAAGUACUCGGAACAGAGCACAUCUAAUUCGACGAUAAGCGUCCGUGUAGGUAACGAAAUUGAUCGGACGAGUUACAUGGCUGGCGGUGAUAGCUCAGCAACGUCUCCCACAUCUAAGGAUGGCGACUCCAAAGAGACUGCUGGAGCAUCGAGGGAAGGUGAUAAAAAUGAUAUGAUUUCAGAUGUAGAGCUCGAUUACGAAAGUGACCCAGAAGAAACAGAGGUAGUACAAGAACAACAGGAAGCUGACGAUUAUUGUUAUGAAGCUCAGGUGAAAACGAAGUACACAGGUCACAGAAAUGCUAGGACGAUGAUUAAAGAGGCGACAUUUUGGGGCAACCAAUUUGUCAUGUCGGGCUCCGACUGCGGUCACGUCUUCGUUUGGGAUCGAGAGACGGCAGAACUUGCCAUGCUGUUACAAGCCGACCAGCAUGUAGUUAACUGUUUGCAGCCCCAUCCAACCCUUCCAAUUCUUGCUACCAGUGGCAUUGAUCACGACAUAAAGCUAUGGUCGCCGGUCUUGGAUGAACCCAAUUUUGACGAGAAAGCUGCUGACGACCUGGUGAAAAGAAACGCGAUAAUGCUUGAAGAAACCAGAGAUACCAUAACAGUACCUGCUGCCUUCAUGAUCCGGAUGCUAGCAUGCCUCAAUCAGAUCCGGCGCAGCGGACGGAACAGGAUGCGUAUGCGCGGUGACUCUGAAGAGUCAUGAAAUUAAGGUACUGUCUCUUCUCUUUCUGUUUAUCCGUCGUUGCUAUUUUGUUUCCUCUCUGUAUUCUUUUCACUCGUUUGUUGUUGUUAAUGUUAUCGUUACUGCCCUAGCUAUUAUUAUUACAAUUAUUGAUCUUUCACGUUCAGCUGUAUCCCGUUAUUGUCGUUGUUGCUGCUGUUGUUACUGUUGCCCCACUUCCUGUCGAGACUUUUAUAAAGGAAAAUAUAUAAAUAAAGAAGAAAGCUUCCAUAAUGUACAAAGAUUAAAGAAAUUACACGGCCUUGAAUUUUCCAUAAGUUUGCUAAUGCUGAUCUCAUUUACGUUAGAUUGAUUUUGGGCAGUCAACAUGUUCAGAAAAUAAUAUCGAUAAUUCUUAGAACUAGAUGUUUGACGUGUUUGCCUUUCUUUUUUGUCUAUUUCUUUAAAAAAAAAAAAAAGGAACUUCUUUUGCGUAAGAUUUUAACAUCUAAGACUGAGCAAAGGCAAAGAAAUCCGGAAAAUUUGUUUUUCUUGUGAUUAACGUAUAAUUAAUUAAAAUAUUUUGGUGGUUUUAAUGUUUCAAAAGAGA